AUGCUGCGCCAAAUAAGCAAAGCGGACCUGCUGGUCAAGCAGUUUGAUAAACUGCUGGUGCUGCCGGUAUUCUCGACGAAACAAAGCCAAUUGCGACACAGCUCAUCUUCGGCACGGCCAAUUUCGUUCAACAACCGUCCUCUGCUGGCUGAUCGCAACAAGCAUGGAUUCGCAAAAACCACCGAAAUGGCACAAAACGGAUACGGCCAUGCUGCUAUCCAGCUGAAGGCACAACCAAAAUCUCAGGCCGUGUUCGAUCGGGAGGAUAAGUUCGGUGCGCACAACUAUCAUCCGCUGCCGGUAGCGUUGGCCCGCGGCGAAGGCGUGUACGUGUGGGACGUGGAAGGCAAACGGUACUACGACUUUCUAAGCGCUUAUUCCGCCGUCAAUCAGGGCCACUGUCAUCCGAAGAUCGUGCAGGCACUGACGGAACAGGCGCAGGUGUUGACCCUUACGUCGAGAGCUUUCUACUCGAACGUGCUCGGUGAGUACGAAGAGUUUGUGACGAACCUGUUCGGGUACGAUAAGGUACUGCCGAUGAAUACUGGUGUGGAGGGCGGUGAGACGGCCUGCAAGCUGGCACGCAAGUGGGGCUACAAGGUGAAGCAGAUACCCGAGAACAAGGCGAAAAUCGUAUUCGCCGAGGGUAAUUUCUGGGGCCGCACGUUGGCCGCCGUAUCCUCCUCGAACGAUCCAAGCAGCUACGCCGGUUUCGGUCCGUUCAUGCCGGGCUUUGAGCUGGUACCGUACAACGAUACGGCGGCACUCGAGAAAGCCUUGCAGGAUCCGCACGUGUGUGCAUUUAUGGUGGAACCGAUUCAAGGUGAGGCUGGUGUGGUCGUACCGGACGACGGGUACUUGCGUACAGUGCGUGAACUUUGCACGAAGCACAACGUGCUGUUUAUUGCGGACGAGGUCCAGACGGGUUUGGCCCGUACCGGGCGUAUGCUGGCCGUCGAUCACGAGAAUGUUAAACCGGACAUUCUCAUCCUUGGCAAAGCUCUGUCCGGUGGUGUGUAUCCGGUGUCUGCCGUCCUUGCCAAUGAUCAGGUGAUGCUCUGCAUUCAACCCGGUGAGCACGGCUCCACGUACGGUGGCAAUCCGCUCGGUUGCAAGGUAGCGAUCGCCGCCCUCCAGGUGCUGGUAGAGGAAAAGCUGUCCGAAAAUGCCGACCGCAUGGGUGAGAUGUUGCGCCGCUCGUUGCGUGAACUGCCCACUGACGUCGUAUCGAUCGUGCGUGGGAAAGGACUGCUGAACGCGAUCGUUAUCAAUCCGAACUUUGACGCAUGGGAAGUGUGCGUGCGGCUGAAGGAAAAUGGACUGAUCGCAAAGCCUACGCACGGAGAUAUUAUACGCUUUGCGCCACCCCUGACCAUCAACGAGCGGCAGCUGGAGGAGUGUUUGCACAUCAUCAAAACAACCAUUAUGUCGUUUGUGAAAAACUAG